AUGCAAGACACCAAAAUCGAAUCAUACUUUGUUUUCAUGAACUACGAUCCUCAAUACGAGCGCCUUCGAGCUAAUCGAACAAAGAGAGGGACAAAUGAGCUUGAUUUGUAUCUAAGCCGGAAGCAUGACCAGUUGUUGGCGAGAACCCUUGAGCCAGGAAGCUACAAGAAGACAUUGUCUCUGGUCAUCGUUGAUGGGUUUGCUGUGGAAAUUACUGAUGACCAGGCCAGUGUGCUUAGAUCUGCAAAAGAAGUGAGACUUGUGGAGAAAAAUCAAGAGCUUGCUUAA